AUCCUCAAACCAUCAGUCCGACAGAUUCCACACGUGCAACAUGUUCGCUCUCAGGAAAUCUCUGGUUCAAGUCGUAGGAAACGUAGGAAUCAAGACUUUUGGGAUAAAAACGAUGCUAUCAAAUUCUGCAUCGAAAAAUGUCAUUGAUGUUAUGUUUGUGGAGACGAACAAGAUUAAAAAUCUACCAGCUAAAGGUGUGGAAAAUGAAAACCUUCUUGACGUGUUGGUGAAUAAUAAACUUGAGCCUGAGUUCCCAGGGUUUGGAGCCUGCGAGGGGACCCUCACCUGCUCCACCUGCCAUGUGUACUUUGCCCAGGAGGAUUUCGAGAAGAUCAAGGCGAAACCUACUGACGAAGAGCUUGACAUGAUUGAGCUAGCAUUCGAACCCUGUGAAACCUCAAGACUUGCUUGCCAGGUUCCCCUUACCAAGGAAAUUGCUGGAGCAAAGGUGUAUGUUCCUUAUGGUGUGAAGGAUGUCAGAUAAACCUGCAGAUAUUUGUUUUAAACUUUACUUAAAUCUAAAAAGAAUAUAUAUUGUUCGUUUUUGCCAAUAUAAAUAUAUAAAUA